AUGGGCGACGCCUUGCGCCCAGGUGAUGAUGUGUUCAGCCAGGUUCUUCAGGAUAGCCUCAAGACAUGGACUUCAUAUUUACCUACCGAGAACAAACACCUACUACCCCAGCAAGCCAUAAACAUGAGGCCUCUUGUCAGCCAAACACCGCCUUUCCUCGGUGGUGGAAUUGCUUUAUCUGACGAGACAAUUUCGUUUGCUUGUGAGGAGAAGAAAUCAGAACAAGGAGAAGGCAGUCUUGUCGUUAAUGGUAGGUCAGCAUGGAGGACUUCUGACGGAAACUGUGAUCUACCCCCAAGAGUCUUGCCCAAGCAACUUCUAUUAGCAGUUGGCUGUCGAUUAAAUGUGGAGUUGUCUGAAGACUCUGCUCUGUUUGACUGGCCUGGAGUUCAGGGACUGUCGGGAUAUGACAAAGGAAACUAUUUAUCAGUCCUUUACUUUGCAUGGGCCUAUAUACUGUCUGCUCGAUGGGUUGAGCUGCUUGGUCGCUCUGGUGACCACGAAUGUCAUAUGAGCUACGCCUUGAAUAGGAUGGAGGGUUCAUUGCCAGACUCUGACAGUUACCCCAUGGUUGAAAUUGAUAUCGGCGACGAUGCUUAUGAAGAGGAACUCCUCUGGUGGCGGGCGAUUUUGUGUUCCAAUGAUGGCUGGGAUGCGACCGUCAAGUACAAAGGCCAAGUCUAUUUGUCACCAUGGUCGAUCUCGUUAAAGAACGGAAGAUUUGCCUUAGCCACCAAGAAGUUUUUGGGUGCUAAAGCAGAAGCCCCAUCGUCUAACACCGCCCUCAAAUACCUCUGUCGGUUUUGUGUGCACCACCGACUUUACGCUCAGUGCUCGGUCGCCCUUGCCGGUGUCCUUUACAUUCCUUUCCUAAGCGGGAGAACAUUAUCACUUCCGCUUCUUAGACAAGCUUCUCGGCUGGAACUAACACAGUGUGUUUUACCAGCUUCCAUUCCAGAUCUUCUUAUUGAACAUACUGAAAUGCUUCCAAAGUAUAUGACGUUAAGCUCUAAUCCGUGGGGUCUACGUUCUCUUCUGCACAGCACCUUUUUCAAUCCAGUUAUUGAGUGCAACCUUGUCAGCGCCUGGCUGAAUCCAGCUUUUGCGAUUAUAGAUUCCAUCGCACCCAGAAAGAUUGAAUUUGAAUUAGCCGUAUUUUUGGCAAAUCGAAGCCCCUUACUCGGGCCCCUCUGGCUCGGUGCAAUUCUCACAGAUCUUGCAAAGACUGUCUUACGCGACAUACGAGCAGGAAUGGUGGCUUUGGAUCUUCCAGCUUCGGCUUGGGCCACAACAACUCAAACAUUUCUGACCUGCAAUAUGGGGACCAGUAACGGUGAAUCGAUACGCCGUGAUGACGAAUGCCGCCUAUCGUUCAUUACAGCCUGCAAAGGCCAUGACAGACCUCCAGUUUGGCCUUGGAAGCCCUUUGGGAGCACAAACCUUUGCGAUACCGACCUAAUGAUCCGGCAACAUACUCAAUGUUCUCAUUUCUUAGAAUACGAGUCUUGGGAAUGGAUAUUGGUGAAUGGGCAUUCAAUUCGGGAUUUCGGGAAAGAUAAUACCAUACCUCUUGACCAAGCAACACAUUUAUCCACCAGCAUAAAGCAUGCAACACUAAGCGAUUAUAACUAUGAUUUCUCCUCCCAGUUGGUCUCGGAGGGAGCCACCCGUGGGAUAUUUGGAUGGUUAAGAUCAACGGGGUAUCCUCGCUGCGAAAAACCCUUAUACCAGCAUUCAUGGAUUGAUUUGGAAAACACUGAAGAAGAGGAAGAGCCUGAUGAUGCUGGAUCAGACGCGGAAAAGCACUGGAGUUCAAAGAAAACGCACGUUGAGAGCUGGCUUGACGGGAUCGAAUAG